UGAAGACCGGCCCUGCUCGAACGAGACUUGGCUUUUCCUUUUACCUUUCCUCCUUUUCCACGUCCAGACAUGUUGAUAUGAUGGUGGUUUUCGUAGUUUAUGGAAAAGUCAAAAUAAACUAUAAGAAUAUGCUGCGCGUAUAACUUGUAUGCUACAACUGCGACUGCGAAUGACUAAAGUUGCGUUUCUGGCUUCGUAUUUAUACGGUUACUUAUAGAGAAGUCGUAUUUCUGACUGGAUGAUUAUACUAAAAGGUGGGGUCUUGAUUCGGAGUAAAUUCGUAUAUAAAACAUUUUUAACAAGUAGUGCACCAUGAUUUUAGCUUGAACUUUCAAGUUGACAGGUAUAUUUUGUGUUCGUUGUGCGUAUUACAGUUCGUUUGUGUCGUGUUUUUUUUUUCUUUAUUAAGAUUAGAAAUAUUAAAAAAUAUGCCACCAAAGACAAGCGGUAAAGCAGCGAAAAAGGCUGGAAAAGCUCAAAAGAAUAUUUCGAAGAGCGACAAGAAAAAGAAGCGCAGGAGGAAGGAAAGCUAUGCAAUCUAUAUUUAUAAGGUAUUGAAGCAAGUACACCCCGAUACCGGUAUUUCGAGCAAGGCGAUGAGCAUCAUGAACAGUUUCGUUAAUGAUAUCUUUGAACGGAUCGCCGCUGAAGCUUCUCGUCUUGCGCAUUACAACAAGCGUUCGACGAUUACGAGCCGGGAAAUUCAAACAGCGGUUCGUCUCUUGUUGCCUGGUGAAUUGGCAAAGCACGCAGUCUCUGAAGGUACCAAAGCCGUCACCAAAUACACAAGUUCAAAAUAGAGAAGUUUUUUCUUUCAUCGUUUAA